AUGGCGGCGGUGGCGGCGGCCGGAGCUGGAGCGGCGGGAGCGGCCGGGGCGGUGGCGGCCCCGCCGCGGGGCAUCCGCACCUGGCUGCGCAGCGCCUUCCGCUUCGCCACCGACCGCAACGACUUCCGCAGGAACCUGCUGCUGAACCUGGGGCUCUUUGCCGCCGGGGUCUGGGUGGCCCGGAACCUCACCGACAUCGACCUGAUGGCCCCGCAGCCCGUGCCGUAGCUCCGGAAGGAGCUGGAGCUGCUGGGAGCAGAGCUCACCAUCCCACUAGGACUGGAGCUGUGGAGCUGCUCAGAUCCC